GGUGUGAUUAGGUGUGAUUGUCAUCACUGGCCAGACGAAUCUAUAUCCCUUCGAAUUUUGUGUUUGAUUAAAAACCUGAAUUAAUACCUGCGUUCAAAAUGAGCUCCAAAUCAUUUUUUGUUGAGGACGAUGCUGAACAGUCCAACAAACUAGCCAGGAAGGCCAAGGAAUCGCCGUUUAUGCUAGUCGGCAUUGCUGGAUUCGUGGCGGCAGGACUGAUUGGCGCCUACAAGUACAAGCACCGUGGGACUAUGAGCACCAGCGUGUUCCUGAUGCAGCUCCGUGUGGCGGCCCAGGGUACCGUCGUGGGCUGUCUAACAGCGGGACUGGCAUACACAAUGGCCAAGGAGUACCUGUUCGAUAAGGAGCCCAAGGAAAAUUCCAAGCCACUGACUAACUAAAGCUCAUUUCUGAUUGUGCGGCCACUUAAACACA